UCUCUUCUCCUCGUUGCCUUGUUUCUCGAUCGCAGAAAAUAGGGGCUUACUGAAUAUUGACUGGACGUCACUCGAGUCUAGCCAUCGCAAUCUCAAACGACGUCGAUUUGAAAAGAGAACAAUGGAGGCGGUCGUACCUGCAGAAGUGACUGCAGAGCUCACCCAGAUUCUGUCGAAUCUAGUCCUAGGAGACAACGAGAUCCGUUCAAAUGCAGAAAAGGCGGUCAACGAGAGGCUUGCGCAGACGCCCGAGGUCUACGUGCUCGCACUGACUCAGUUCGCCACUCGGGCAGACACCGAAGUGAUGCGGUCCUUCUCACUUGUCCUCAUCCGCCGUCUCCUCUUCCGCCCCGCACCUUCCCCUUCGCCCCACAAACCACACGCGUCCUCCCACCUCACCCUCUACGACCAUCUUUCAUCCCAAACACUCACUACUCUCGAACGUCUCCUUCUCCACUCCCUCGCACACGAGCCCUCUCCCGUUGUCCGCCGCAAAUGCGUAGACACCGUCUCCGAUCUCGCGAAUAACUCCAUGGCCAGAGGAAGGCCGUGGCACGCGCUUCAAGCCCAGGCGUUCCAGAUGACGAACUCGAGCGAGCCAGGGCAGAGGGAGAGUGCGUUCAGCGUGUUUGGCGGAUGUCCGAAUCUGGUGUUGGAUUUGCAGACGGAGGCCGUGGUCGAGGUGUUUAGCAGAGGGCUCCAGGAUCCGCAGAGUGUCGAUGUUCGCCACGCAGCUCUCACAGCCGCCGUGUCCUACCUCUCCGCCCUUUCGCCACACGCGCUGCCCCACGCCCUCAAAUUAAUGUAUCCAAUUCUCGACACCCUCCCUUCUCUUCCCGCCUCCCAACUCCCUCGCUUCCUAAACACGCUAACCCCACUCGCUACCUCCUCUCCCUCCCUCUUCGCCCCUCAUCUCCCCGCCCUCCUUCGCUGGCUUCCGGGACUCAUCCUCCCCAGCGCUGACCCAGGCCCCACACCCACCGUCGCCCGCCCGUUCCCUUCCUCCUCUUCCUCCGGCCCUUCCUCCGGCGUAUUCACAUUCCCACCAUCCCCUUCCCAUCUCUCUCCCCACUCCCACUCCUCCGGCGCGGAAGACGACCCGCAAGACGAACAAGACCUGGAAGCGGAGGAGGUGAGGAAGGCGGCGUUGGAGUUCAUGAUCAGCUUGAGCGAGGCGAAACCGGGGAUGGUGAGGAGGACGGAGGGUUGGGUCCAGCUUUUGGUCAGGGGGUGUUUGGGCGGGAUGGAGGGGAUUGAUGUGAGGGAGGAGGAGUUGAGUGGAUGGUUGGAGGCUGAUCCCUCCGACGACCCGACAGAUGAUACCUACCCCCACAUCUACGAACAGUCGCUUGACAGGCUCGCGUGUGCCGUCGGCGGGAAAGCGGUGCUGCCCGCUGCGUUUCAGUUGAUACCGGGCAUGUUGGCGAGCCACGAUUGGAGGUUGCGAUAUGCGGGCCUGAUGGCCAUCGCGGCGGUAGGCGAGGGAACGAGUAAGGUGAUGCAGAAUGAGCUGGGGAAGGUUGUUGACUUGAUCCUCCCGCUGUUCAGUGAUCCAUAUCCGAGGGUGCGAUAUGCGGCUUGUCAAUGCGUCGGUCAGCUUUGUACGGAUCUCGAGGAAGUUAUCCAGGCGGAAUACCACCAGCAACUGUUCUCAGUGCUCAUCCCUACGCUCGAAGCCCCGGAGUCGAGAGUUCACGCCCACGCCGCAGCCGCCCUCAUCAACUUCUGCGAAGGCGUCGAGCGUGACACGCUCAUCCCCUACCUCGAUCCUAUCGUCGAGCGGCUCCUCAAACUUCUUAAUCCUGCCGGCCUCUCUUCCGCGAACGCAGAUGCGAAUGGGGCUGGGAACGAGAAUGGGACGGGCGUGAAGAGAUAUGUACAGGAGCAGGUGAUCACGACGUUGGCGAUGGUUGCGGAUGCGAGUGAGGAUACGUUCGCGAAGCAUUACUCAAGCAUUAUGCCCUUGCUCCUGAACGUUCUCAAGAACGCGAAUGGACCGGAGUAUAGGAAGUUGAGAGUCAAGGCGAUGGAGUGUGCCGGGUUGAUCGCGAUCGCGGUGGGACGAGACGUGUUCCGGCCAGACUCCCAAGUCUUCGUAGAGCAGUUGAUCCGCAUACAAAACAGCCCAGUUGAUCCCGGCGAUGCCAUGCUGCCGCACUACCUCAUCGCGACUUGGGCGAAGGUCUGUCAGGCCAUGGGCCCCGAGUUCGAACGUUAUCUACCGGCGGUAAUGCCGCAGUUGUUGAGGGCUGCGAGUGUGAAGGCUGAUGUUUCGAUUUAUGAAGACGAAGACGUCCCGGAAGACAAAGAAGGCUGGGAGACGAUCACCAUGGACGGAAAGCAGGUCGUCGUUCGCACUUCCGCCAUCGACGAGAAAUGUCAGGCGUUCGAGACGUUGGUCAUCUACGUGUCCACGCUCGGGACGCAGUUCGCUCCCUAUUUGAGUCAGACGCUUGAGCUUGUGUUGCCAAGCUUAAGAUUUUAUCUACAUGAUGGCGUCAGGGAGGCUUGUGCGAUGAUUGUACCCAUGCUUAUCUCUGCCGGCAAAAACUCGAACACGCUAACGAACCAAAUGGUCUCCGCGACCUACUCCCAACUCAUCGCCUGCAUCGCCAUCGAAUCCGAUGCCUCCUUCCUCUCCUCCCUCUACAAAUCCCUUUCCGACACCCUCCGCGUUCUCGGUGGCCCUUCCUCCCUCCCCCCUCACCUCCACACCUCCCUCUUCGACGCCACACAGCGUCAGCUCGCCAGCAUGGCCGAGCGUAGAAAACGACGUGCCACGAAGCUCAAUGGGUAUGGGAACGGAGAUAGUGGCGACGAGGGCGACAUGGAUGGAGGAGAAAGGGAGGAGUUGGCGUUGGUGGAGGAGAUGGAGGAUUUCGCGUUGGAGGAUGUGGGGAGGUUGAUGGAGAUGUUUGAAGGGUUCGGGGGAGAGAUCGGGCAGGGUGUGCAAGGAAUUAUGGUCAUGGUGGGGAGUGUGAGGGAUCUUGGGCUCGGACUGGGAGCGUGGGAUAGUGAGGACGAGAGUGUGGAUGGGGGGAUGUGAGCGUAUGGACGACUGCGAACGAGAGUUGGGUAUUUUGUGUUGAGUGGCGAAGAAGAGAAAGAAGGGACGAGGAGGUUUAGAAGGUCGGACGUUGUUCAGUUAUCGAUCUGAAACGGUAUGCGUGUAUUCUCUUGUUGUUCUAUUUAUUUGUAGGUCCGAAUCGGCUCCCUCGGUUACGGUGCUCGCUUGAUGUCCUUGUUGUCCCUCUUUGACGCUGUCCGAUUGGCGGUGCGCGUUUGCUACGAGUAUCAAGACGGUUACAGAAGAAGAAUAUAACUAUUUAUUCC